UAAAUGUGUACGUGCUUUUUCACCUGUACUUUAAAAUCUUAGAUUUUAAUCAAGUUAAAGAAGUCUUCUUGGUUACAUGUUAUCAUAAAAGAAUAAGUGCUUAAAAAGCAUUUAUGUUUGAGUUGGAAGUUGGGAAAAAUAUGUUUUAUAAUUGUUUACUUAUUAACAAUAAACAAAUGUAAACUUGUCUAUUUCUCCUUGUAGUUACAAAUUGUUGGAAGUUUUUAUUAUCGAUAUAUUUUUCAUUCAGAAAAUUCUAUUGAUAUAUUUUAGAAAAACAAACUUUAUUAUUUAAAAAUCAUGUCUUCUCAAACAAUUUUUCGUGGAUGGAACAGAUUAUACACCUUAGUGAUUAAUCAAACAAGCAAAUAUCCUGUGAUAAAUGUUGUUGGCGCGGGAAUAAUAACAGCAGGUAUUGUAACAUAUAAGACAUCAAAUAAUUAUGUUUCUGCCGCUGAGACGAUGUUAGACAUAUCAAGUUUUAAAGCAAAACCCAUCACUAGCCGAGAAGAUUUAAUAAAAAAUAGAAAUGACAUGAAAACAAAAAUGGAACUCUUUAUUAUGAAAAUACAAGCAGAAUUUUGCGAUAAGCUCGAAGAACAAGAAGAAAUGAAUCAAACAUUUAUUGUCGAUCGAUGGACAAGAAAAGAGGGAGGUGGUGGAAUAACGUGCGUUUUACAAGAUGGCACUGUUUUUGAAAAAGCUGGUGUAAAUAUUUCUGUUGUUUCGGGAACAUUGCCACCGGGUGCCAUUCAACAAAUGCGUGCCCGAGGAAAAAAUUUAGCCGAGGGAUCAUUGCCAUUUUUUGCUGCUGGAAUAAGUGCAGUGAUUCAUCCACGAAAUCCAAUGGUGCCAACGAUACAUUUUAAUUAUCGAUAUUUUGAAAUUGAAAAUAAAGACGGUUCGAAACAAUGGUGGUUCGGUGGUGGUACAGAUCUAACACCAUAUUAUUUAGACGAAGCAGACGCAAAGCAUUUCCAUAAGACAUUGAAGAUAGCCUGUGAUAAACAUAAUUCGUCUUAUUAUAAAAAAUUUAAGAAAUGGUGUGAUGAUUAUUUUUUCAUACCACACAGAAAUGAGAGUCGAGGCGUUGGUGGAAUUUUCUUUGAUGAUUUAGAUACUCCGAAUCAGAAUGAAGCUUUUGAAUUUGUUAAAUCUUGUGCUGAAUCAGUCAUUCCAUCGUAUAUACCGUUAGUGAAGAAAAAUAAGAAAAAAGGUUAUGGAUUCCUUGAACGACAAUGGCAAUUAUUGCGGAGAGGACGUUAUGUUGAAUUUAAUUUAAUAUAUGAUCGUGGUACUAAAUUUGGAUUACAUACACCGGGUGCUCGAUACGAAAGUAUAUUGAUGUCUCUUCCAUUAACGGCUAAAUGGCAAUAUAUGCACGAACCAGAAACUGAUUCUGAAGAAGAUAAAUUAUUACAAGUUUUAAAGAAACCUAAAGAAUGGAUUGAAAGUUAAAAAUAAUUUAGUAUAUUAUAAAGAUUUUUUGUAUUCAAUAUCUCUUGAAAAGAGUAUUGUGAAAUGGUUUUGGCGAAUUUGUUUGUAUAAGAAAAUAAAUAUUUAUUUUUUAAACACCUUUAGAAAUAUGUAAAAAAAAUAA